UUUAUCAUGUACUUUACCAAUUCCUAAUUCUUAUUUCUCUUUCGUUGUCAAUCGUCAAAAGUAAUUUAUCAGUGUUCUUCAUUUUGACAGUUGUCAGCUGAGGAAAAUACUCUAUUUGUUGAAAAGUAUGAACUUCGCAUGUGUGGAAAUUUGGCUUUCCCUUUUACCAAGUAAAAACGCGGCUCGCGUGCACGAUCAGUUUUCUUUGUAAAUUUCCUAUCGUGGUAUCGUGGAGUUACCACCAUCAGUUUUACAGUUGGGUAAAUGUGUAUUCCAGGCCAAUACUGUCCAAUCUUACUCUUUAUAUUUUAUCAGCAGCAGUAUUUGUCUCCUCGACGAACUGUAAAUUCAGAGUAGGACACUGUCUUCACAAGCACAUCUGCGGGUUUCGUAGUGCCAACUGUGGUUAAGCCUUAAAUUAAUUUUCGAGUUACUGUCAAGUCCCAGGUGUUCUUAAGGUGUUAUUUCACAUAAUCAUGAGUUCCUCUAGAUCUUCCUGGCAACAAAACACAACCAACCACUGGUCUGAAACACAUGGCCUGACGUCACAAGAUUCUACAAUAUCCAAAAUGCAACACCAGUAUUGGGUUACGAAACAAACUGUCUUCAGGAAACUUGGGAAGAAGGAAGAUGAGUGCAUCGUUUCCUCGGAUGCUGAACUUGAUGCUAAACUUGAGUUAUUCAAAUCCAUCCAAGAAAGCUGUGCAGAUCUCCUGAACAUAAUCGAGAAGUAUCAGGAAAGAAUUUGCACCCUGGCCCAAGAGGAAAAUGCAAUGGGCAGGUUUUUAAAAGAAUCUGGGAAAAACGAUAAGACUCGUGCGGGAGAAAUGAUGAAUUGUGUUGGCAAAGCCCUCUCUUACUCAGGACAACAAAGAAUUAAUCUUCGCAUGCCUUUACUUAGAUUGUUCCAGGAAGUGGACACUUUCAGGCAGAGAGCAAUCGAAGAUACUUUACUGAAUAUUCAGGCUAUGGAGAAAGUUCGCACCGAGUACAGGGCAUCCCUGAGUUGGAUGAAAAACAUUUCCCAAGAACUAGAUCCAGAUACUUACAAGCAACUUGAAAAAUUUAAAAAGGUUCAAGAACAUGUGAAGAGAAGUAAAAUGAGAUUUGAUCGCAUGAAGCUGGACUGUUUGCAGAAGAUCGAUCUCUUGGCAGCUGCUAGAUGUAACAUGUUUUCACAUGCGCUUAUACUGUAUCAGAGUUCUCUUCUUCAGUUCACUGAGAAAUCUGUCAACACUUUUUCAACCAUUGCAGAUAGCUUUAAAGGUCACCAGCAUUACGAUUUUUGUGUUGUUAAAGAGUUAGCUGAAUUGAAUGCUGCAUCAGUUGAACCAGAGAAAGAUGAUGAAAAACUGCUCGAGUUUGAAGAUCUGAUGGCUGAUCAGAAAAGAAGUCCAGAUCAAUCUACACCGAAAACGGAGAAAGAAUUACUAAAAGCGGACCUAAGCAAAGAUACAUCAAACCAGCUCCAAGAAUCCCAGUUUACGAGUGGUAUCGCUGACCUGAUAUCAACUGAAGAAGCAACUGAACAAUCAGACAAACUCUCAGAAACAGACUCCACAACUCUCCUCACCAAUUUGUUCUCAAAUAUGUCAACCUCAAAACAAAACACAGCAUCCUCUCUGUUUCUACCAUCACAGCUAAUGCAAGCUAGUAAUCAAAGUCUGUUUUCUUCCGUGCCUCCAUCCUCUGAAAAAGGUAAAGAGGCAGCAGCAAGCAAACCAUCGAACGCAUCUUUUGAUCAGAAUAAGAAACCAUGGUAUGACCUAUUUGCUGAGCUAGACCCUUUGGCAAAUCCGGAUGCAAUUGGGAAAACAGGCGAUCAGGAACGGAACUGCUAAGUAUCGAAAAUCAUCGUCUGUAACAUUUGCUUAAUCUCAUGUAUAAAAUUUGUCUUGCAUUGGCAUGAAAUUGAAAGACAAUAUUUGCCGCAAGUAUUAAUGCAUUUUUUUGUCAAAUUAAAUCUCCAAAAUCUUUGAUGUGGAGAGUUGAUUUAUUGAAGAUAAGUGCAAAAG